AUGAACUGGGUCGGUGGCAGCCGGAGCAGAAUCAUAUUAAAGCAGGAAAGGAGAAAGCAAAAGGAGUUCUUUGAAAAGAAGAAACUUAAAUCAAAGAUGAAGCUUUUGGGAGUAUCAUCUCCUAGAAGUUCAGCGGUCAGUUUAGAUCUCCUCAAUCUAUAUGUUGUUAACCAGAUAUCAACCAAAAAAGACAACACAGAGAACGUGAGGAAGCCAGUCCACGUUGAUAUCAGUGAAGAUGUAAAAAUCCCUGUUAGGAGGCACAACAUAGAGCUUCCCAUGUCACCACUACGUACACAACAUAUGUCAAACUUAGAUGACACCCAGGACAGGUUACAAAAGCAAGUAUUGGACAGCAGAAGGCAGCAUCUCUCAGAGAAACUAAAAUACCAGUGUAAUUUAUCACAGGUAACAGAAUUAACGCAUACUGACUUUAGUAUGGAAUAUGAAGACAACACAGCAAGAGCUUUUAGUGCCUAUCCAUUGUCCCCUUCUGGUUUUUGGUCCUCUAACUGUACACAAUUUUCAGAAGAAAAUUUAGACACAAACCUCAUGGGCAGCUCUUGGGAAGAGAGCUAUGAAGAGAAGCUGCAAAACCAGCCAGGAAAUAGCUCUGAUCAGGACCCUUGGAUUACAAAACCUCCAAACCAGUAUAUUUUCAGGAAGUCUGACACAGUGCCUCAGGAGCUAUUUAAGCCAUUGCAUAGGAUAGACUAUAUUAAUUCUGCCAGGAAAAAUCCAGUGAUAAUUACAAGUAACAAAUCAGAAAACAGUGAAGGAAUAGGAGAACCAUUGUUUGAUGUAGUGAAAGAAACUGCAGAACUGAAAGCUCCCCAAGAUGGAAGUGAUUGUUCUUUUCUGGCACUGUUUGAAGAUGAGGGACAACCAAUCCACAAUAAUCCUUCCACAAAACAUUUUAAUCCUUUUGUUAGCCAAAGCAGUACUGACGUUUUUUUCAUUGAGCCUGAUGAUAGAAAUCAAAUGAUCAACAGAAAUUAUCCUUAUGAUACUGGAGAGGCUUAUCCUGCAAUCAAUGCAAAAGAAAGUUCUAUGGACAGACACCUUGAAGGCAUUUUCACAACUCCAGAGCAGGUUUUACUUAAAAGCAACUAUGCCUCAAGCGCAAGCUACAAGAAAACCAGUGGACCUCAUAAAACCCACCUGCAGGACUGUCAUGAGGGACAGCACUACUUCAUCCCCUCUGAAAACAAAGAAAAACCUGCAAACCUUGAAAAAACAGAGGCAUUUGCUUAUCACCAUGAUCAGCAGAUUAACUUAAAGGAGAAUGUGCAGAACUAUUCAGGAAAAAAAAGUGAUGAUGAGUCUGUGAAAGAAGCUGCCUGGAGACAGAACCAGCUCUUUGGAUUUGAAGAGCUCACAACAGCACAAAAGAAAGAGUAUAAGUUUGGCGUGAGUUCAAAUCUUCACGAGAUGGAGAAGGAUGUAGAGUCCUCAAUCAGUAGCCAGUCUCCCAAUUACUCUCCAAGGCAGACAGAGAGCUGUUUCAGCUCCAGUCCUGACGUGUCUGAAGAGGAAGACACAGCCCAAAAGAAAGAAUAUCUGAAAGAACGGUCCUUGAAGACAGCUGAUGCCAACAUAAUCUCAGCCUCAGCAAGCACAGAGCCCCCCGAGACCUCUCACACCAGAACCAUGCCUCUCCAGCCCAGCAGUAUUUUGACUAGAGGAGAAGCAAACCAUCUCCAGGAGAAAGGCUCUAUUUUGUAUGAAGAUAACAAGAACCACACUGCCCCGUCUGAGGGCAGCUCAUUACACCAAGCCCUUAAUAGAGAGCACGUCACUGGCAGUGCCAGGCGUGACAGCUGGUCGCAGACGGAGAGCUCUGUUACAGAAGCAAGGAAAGUGGAUGCUGCCACCCAGUGUGACACCAUGCAGGUGUGCAGCUGUGGGAGCUCCCUCCCCUCUGCCCGCAGCCCGGGAGUGAUUCCUUCUCCCAGCACCACAGGCACCGCUGGAGGGCACAAAGUGGCAGGGCCUGAGGCGCCGUAGCCCGCUUUUGCGCCCGCCACAGCGGCGCGUUCUCCCGAAGCCGAGUACCUGAGUUUGGCUGGCAGGAGGGCCCUAGAGGUGCUGAACUACUUGGAUAUCAUAAAGGAGAGGGAGAAGCCGUGA